CACUUGAGAGUUACUAACCGUUUUGAAAGCAAGCACUGGAAUUUGGGGAUGGAGGGCGGUGAGAACAUUCUAGAUGCUAUUAUCUACGAAGAAGAUGAUGUUGAGAUGGUUGACGUUGAAGAAGGUGAACUGGUUGAAGAAGAAGAAGACCAUCAUCGAAACGGUGUCGCCGCCACACAGGAUCAUAAUCUCAUUCAUGAAGCAGAAAAUAAUCGCAAUGAUAUUAAUCAAAAACCAAAAGCUCUGAGUAAAAAUCGGAAGCGUAAAAACAAGAGAAAGAGAAAGGCUUUAGGAGGAUCGGAUGCACCCAUCAACAUUGACAGGUUUGUGAUAGAGACAUGUCGGCGUCUGAAAGAGAAAAAGUCAUACAUGGUAUAUACAGCUUUAGGUUGCCUUGGGGUUUCUGCGUUAAGCGAUAUCGUCAAAGAGGUAGACGCAAUACAGUCCUGUGGAGGCCAGCAGACAGCUGAUGGUAAGCGAUUUCGGACAGGGGGUGGUGUAUUGUGGAACAUCAUUAAAGUUCGAGAACCAAAUGCCUACAAAGAGAUAAUGAAAAAAGCGAGGGAGUUUGAGAAGCAAUUCAGGCAGCCAAGUUUUAAGCAGCCAUCCAUGCAAAAAGAGGAGGAUUCUUCUCAAGUGGUGCCCUGUCCAUCUUCUAGUGCGCAUCAGGGAAAUGUGUCUGACAAUCCUACUUGCGCAUCACAAUUGCAAGAUCAAGAUAAACCACCAGGUUCUGAAAAGAAACGUGUUCCUGUUCGUGACAGAUUAAGGAUACCUGUUUCCUACGAUGAUGAUCUGCUUGGAGCAACGGUUGAAAAUGAUGUAACCUUGCCCUGAAUGGAAAAAGCCUUCAUCCUGUAACAUUUUUUAUUCAUUUCUACAAACCUUCUUUCUUCUUUCCAUACUCUUCUUUUUCAGCCUUAUUUUUGCUUGUGACAACAAGUUCACAGAUGGAGCAGUAUGGUUCCAUUUGGAUUUUGCAUGAAAGAUUUGCAGUUUCAAAAGAUAGGACAAUUACUUAUCAUAGUUAACUGGCAUUUCAAAUUUUGAUACAAAAUGUUUUAAUAAAAUAUAUACUGUUGGUAGAUUGUUGUUGAAAA